GUGACUCAGUAAAGCAAAUUGAAUCAUUAGAAGAAAACAAACUACUUGAGACAAAGGCAUUUGAAACAAAAAAGAAAUCAACAAAUGAGCUCUCUAUGUUAAUAUCAGGAUAUUUCGUAAAGAAUUUUAAGAAUAUAAAGGAGAGAAAAGCUUUGGCAAAUGCAGAGAAGGGUAGACUUUUAGGAAUAUUGACGACAUUAGAUUCAUCAUUAGCUGAAGACUGCGUUAAAUUCUUCGAAAAUUGUGACAACGACAACAUUGAUAUAAUUGAAUUGAAUUUAGACUAUCUUAAUUACUUUAUUCAUUACCAAUUAAUCCCGAUGAUUCGAAAAAGUUUAAUGUGA